AUGUGGGGAAGAAGGUCCAUAGCGGCGACCAGACGUGCUGGAGUCGCCAUUGCAGAGCGGCGAGGGCCUUUCUGCCCCUCCCCCUCCUUCUUCUCCUCCUCUUCUUUUUCUCGCUCCCCUCGUCUGCGCCAUCGAUUAUUUCCGAUCACUGUGCCCAGACUUAACCUUGUCUAUCCUCGUUACUGCUCCGCAGAGGCUCGCAUGAUGGCCUCAACCGACAGAGAUACCUUGCCUGAUGUGGCUAAACCUACCAACUAUCAUGUCUCGCUUUUCGACUUGCAGCUCGAGGGCUCGUGGGGGUACAAUGGUCUGCUGAAGAUCGAUACCAAGGUCACUCGUGCUACCAAGGAAAUUGUGUUGAACGCCAAGGAGAUUGAGGUCCAGAGUGCCGAAGUAUUGGGAAAGGAUGGCACUGAGCUGGCGAAGACUUCGGAUAUCACCUACGAUAAGGAAUCCGAACGCGUGUUCCUGAAGUUAUCACAGGAAGUUGUGCCUUCGGAUGUUGUCCUAUCAAUCAACUUCACGGGUACCAUGAACAAUGCCAUGUCGGGCUUUUAUCGAUCCAAGUACACGCCUGUGGGGGAACCAGCUGUGGAUACUCCCAAGGAAGACGGUUUCCACUACAUGCUGAGCACUCAAUUUGAAUCUUGUGACGCUCGGAGGGCCUUCCCGUGCUUUGAUGAACCGAACCUUAAGGCGACUUUUGAUUUUGAAAUAGAAAUCCCUAAGGGUCAAACUGCUCUCAGCAACAUGCCCAUCCAAUCCGAAAGGGAAGGAAGUCGCCCUGGUCUGAAGACUGUCACGUUUGAGAAAACACCCGUGAUGAGCACUUACCUACUUGCCUGGGCAGUCGGUGAUUUCGAAUACGUUGAGGCCAUGACAGAGCGCAAGUACCAGGGCAAGAGCAUUCCUGUCCGGGUUUACACCACUCGGGGGCUUAAAGAGCAGGCUCGCUUUGCGUUGGAAUGUGCCCACCGGACUGUUGACUACUUCUCAGAAAUCUUCGAAAUCGAGUACCCACUCCCCAAGGCUGAUCUAUUAGCCGUGCACGAGUUUGCCAUGGGAGCCAUGGAAAACUGGGGAUUGGUCACCUAUCGGACCACCGCUGUACUUUUCGACGAAGGAAAAUCAGACAACCGGUACAAGAAUCGAAUUGCCUACGUGGUCGCGCACGAGUUGGCUCACCAGUGGUUCGGUAACCUAGUCACCAUGGACUGGUGGAAUGAGCUCUGGUUGAACGAAGGAUUUGCAACCUGGGUUGGUUGGCUUGCAGUAGAUCACUUCCAUCCGGAUUGGAACGUCUGGUCUCAGUUUGUCGCUGAGGGUGUGCAACAAGCAUUUCAUCUUGACUCGCUACGAGCCUCUCACCCUAUUGAGGUGCCCGUCCGGAACGCUCUCGAGGUGGAUCAGAUCUUUGAUCACAUUAGCUAUCUGAAAGGAAGCUCAGUAAUUCGCAUGCUGAGUGUCCAUCUUGGCCGUGAGACAUUCCUCCGGGGUGUCGCUGAUUACCUCAAGUCUCAUGCAUACGGAAACGCAACCACCAAUGAUCUGUGGUCGGCUUUGAGUAAGGCCUCUGGUCAAGAUGUGCACGGAUUCAUGGAUCCUUGGAUUCGCAAGAUUGGCUUCCCGGUCGUUACCGUUGCAGAGGAACCCGGUCAAGUUAGCGUUCGUCAAACCCGAUUUUUAUCUAGCGGAGACGCGAAGCCUGAGGAGGAUGAGACGACCUGGUGGAUUCCUCUGGGAAUCAAGUCCGGCCAACAACUGGCUACUUUAGAUACCCGGGCCCUCACCCAGAAAUCCGACAAUGUGCCAGGCAUCGGAGAUGAUACUUUCUACAAGAUCAAUAAAGAUCUGGCUGGUUUCUACCGCACAAACUACUCUCCUGCUCGCCUAGAGAAGCUAGGCCAGUCACUUAACCUGCUGAGCACUGAGGAUAAAAUCGGAUUACUGGGAGAUGCUGCUGCCCUUGCAGUCUCUGGCGAAGGCACUACACCAGCCCUGCUAGCCCUUCUGGAAGGGUUCAAGGCCGAGAAAAAUUAUCUUGUCUGGUCGCAGGUGUCCACAUCGUUGGCAAACCUUCGUUCUGUUUUCUCUCAAAACGAAUCUGUGGCGGAGGGGUUGAAGAAAUUCACCAAGGACUUGGCUGCACCGGCUGCACAGGAAAUUGGCUGGGAAUUCCAACCCAAUGAGGAUUAUCUCACCGUUCAACUGCGCAAGUUGCUGAUUGCCAUGGCUGGCAAUGCCGGGGAUGAAAGUAUUGUCGCUGAAGCCAAGAGGCGAUUUGACUUGUGGGCCACUGGCCAAGACCGGAGUGCUGUACACACCAAUCUUCGAUCGGUUAUUUUCAGCCUCAACGUGUCAGAGGGCGGUCGCAAGGAAUACGAUGCGGUUAAAGAAGAGUAUCUACGCACAGAUUCUGUUGAUGGCAAGGAAAUUUGCCUGGCUGCCAUGGGACGAACCAAGGAACCAGCGCUUGUGAAUGACUAUCUGGACUUUGUUUUCUCCAAUAAGGUGGCUAUUCAGGACAUGCACAGUGGUGCAGUGUCUCUGGCUGGCAACGCCAAAGUCCGACACUUGCUAUGGGAAUACAUCAAAGUGAACUGGGAUUCGGUGGAAGCCCGGCUGUCGUCUAAUAAUGUAGUCUUCGAGCGGUUCAUUCGAAUGGGUUUGUCUAAGUUUGCUGACCAUCAGAUUGGUGAGGAUAUUGCCACUUUCUUCCAGAGCAAGAAUACGGGUUCCUAUGAGCGUGCCCUGGUCAUUAUCUCUGAUAACAUUUAUACCAACGCCUCCUACAAGGAACGGGACCAGGCACGGGCCCUUGAAUGGCUGCGGGCUCAUGGUUUUGCCUAA